GCAGUCUGUACCGCAUCUCUUUCGCAUCGCAUCGCAUCCAGGUUUUUUUCCGGCUUCAGCUACCGACGAACGAGUCCUCCAAGGAUUUGAAUCUUAAAUUCAAUGGAGGGAUUAGGAGGCGACAGUGCCUCAGUAUCAUCACCAAUAUCUCAAUGGGGGAACGAUGCUUGGAGAGUGUAUCAGUAUUAUCUAGAUAAGACGACUCCUCAUGCGGUUUAUAGGUGGAUUGGAACCCUUGUUAUAGCUCUUAUCUACUGCUUGCGGGUCUAUUCCGUGCAAGGAUUUUACAUUGUUUCUUAUGGUCUUGGAAUCUAUCUGCUGAAUUUGCUAAUUGGGUUUCUGUCACCUCUUGUUGAUCCUGAAGUUGAAGUUACUGAUGGGCCUUUACUGCCAACAAAAGGUUCAGAUGAAUUCAAGCCAUUUAUUCGCCGCCUUCCUGAGUUUAAAUUCUGGUAUUCCAUGACGAAGGCUUUUUGCAUAGCAUUUGUCAUGACUUUCUUUUCCAUGUUUGACGUUCCUGUGUUUUGGCCUAUACUACUCUGUUACUGGAUUGUUCUCUUUACCCUUACAAUGAGACGCCAGAUUGCUCACAUGAUUAAAUACAAGUAUAUUCCAUUCAACGUUGGAAAGCAGAAAUACACUGGCAAGAAAUCUUCUGCAAGUGGCAGCAGCUCUCGUGCAGAUUGAAGCUUAGCCAUUUCGUAGGGGAAAUAGCUAAGGGCCCGAAUGGUAAAGAAAAAAAAUGUAGGCACCAUGAAGACUCAUGAUAAUUGAUUUUCAAUGUUAGAGGAUAUGCAUUUCUGUUACUAUGGAGUUUAAUUUUCAGUUGCUACAAGCAUAAAGUUCAGUUGUGUCUUGGGAGAAGCACUGAUGCCAUGAAACUGAAACUUUAUUGUUUAUACAAAUGGUUAUGAAGAUUUGAUAUUUUGAUCAAAGGUCCAUUUUUAGAUUUGAGAAUGCAUCUUGCUGGACAAGGUAUCAUUACCCUCCUGAUUUCUUCUGUAUUAGUUAAGUUGUAGUGAUAAACAAGACUUACCGGGGGCCAUCUCUGGAAAAUGUUGUAGGUGUACUUGUUUGUUUCAAUAUGAAACUACAGCAUUUCCUUUAUCGUUUCUGGAGAAUUUGCAGUUUUGGUACUUGUAUGGCUUUUUUUUGUGACCAAGACUUUAUUUUGUUUUAUUUUAAGAAUAUAAUUUUGGCACUUUA